GGCUGUUGUGUUAAAAACAAUGUUACUGUCGAUUCAUAUGUCUCUAUUCCUGAGUGGUUAACAUCUUUUUACAAGACACACAAUCAAGUUGAUCAUAUCAGAAUAUUACUUGAUUUUGGGCGUUUGUCGGAAGCAACAACAGCCACAUUGGAUUUAAUUAAAUUG